AUGAAUGAUGGCCGAAAUCGCAAGUCGCAACCGGAACACUUCAUAGUAUCGUUAUUGAUAAAUUGCCUCUGCGUCAAUUUUCCCCUGUCCAAUAUGUCGCUUGACUGCAUCCACUCUGUAAAGCACUCUUUAAAGAUGUGUGAAGACAAAAGUGUAUAUGAAUUGGCGGAACAUUCAUACCUCAUAAACGAGAAAAGAAGAGGCACAUCAGACCGACCGACGAGCCGGGCGCCGUUGGAAUCGAACUCCAAGCCAGUGACUUUGUGGUAG